ACUAUUCUUUUCGUGUCUGUCUCAUUUUAGCAAUACAGCGUCAGCAGGCCUGAUUUUUUUUUUCUUUCUUAGUACAUAGAUACCAUCCUUUUCAGUCUAUCAUAUCCAAAGUUCGCUAUUGUAUUCGCGAUGCAGUUAAUCAAACAAGCCUUCGUCGCCUCGAGCUUAUUGGCGGCUGCUCACGGGCAGGCCGUGUUGAAAUUCGCAAAGGGCGAAAGAGGAUCGCCAUUCAGCUUUGGAUUGCAAGUCCAGGGCAAGAACCCAAACGAUGCUAAUUUCAUUUCGGAUGUCGAAAUUACCACCAAUAUUGUCAAUGAGUGCGGACGCACUCUGCAAGGAGGCAAUAUUGACAUUGGGGAGAAUACCGAGAACGCUCUCUUAACUGGAAACGUGACGCAGACGACGGCCGGAGGCAGCGUUAGAAUCUUCAUGAAGCAGGUCAACAACCUAGGGUCUGGACCGUUCACAUGCGACAUGGACCAGACAAGUAAUUCAAAUGGUGUGUCGGGCCAGACGCCACUACAGGUGAAGGAGUCACAGCCCGGCCAGAACGGAUUCAUCAAGUUGAGCAUGACAAUGCCCAACGACCUGAAAUGCACAGGAGCAUCCACGGGCAACGUCUGUACAAUCCGCUGCCGCAAUGCCAACAACUUCGGAGGAUGCAUUGCCGUACAACAGAAAGAUACCCAGCCCAGCCAGAACGAUCCUAACUCGAUCCAGACGGCGCAAACCCUAAGUGGCGUUCUCACCCAAGUCCAGCAAAACAUCAAAGACCUUCCGUUUGCUCUGGAUGGCAUCGCGGGAGCUAGCCAGGAUCCAGCUGACCAGGGCACCUCCGUUAUUGAGGCGAUCCAAGAAGGUGAUGGUUCGACGAUAGAUAACACGGUUCAAUUCUCUCCUUAAUAUGCUGCAUAGAUCGUGUACUAUGAUCUGCAUAAUAGACUGGUAUUAUUAGAAGAAGCGCGAACAGGCAUCGGCUGCGGAUCAUGACAAGAUGUUACUUAGCAGGUUUAGGUAUUCAUAAAUUCAACUUUGGAUAUGCUAGACCCAGUAUCAGUGAGUUUUUGGCUCUAUCUGAAGAGCAAUGUACGCGUGGAUGUUGGUUAGGUUAUGAAAACUUCGCAGUGUAGCGGACUUGCUGCAAAUCCGACCAUAUCGAUCCCUUGUAUACAACCAUAUACGAUAUCUGGCCCAUCGAAGCACUCAGGCUACGGUUCCGGCAUUGGUAGCAACCCAUGAUAAUUCCUUUAAUUAUCAGUAUGACUUCGGUCUUUUGACGCUCAUUAUACGGAUCCGACACCUAAAAUAUCGUAGGGUUCAAAUUUCCGGUCAACAUUCC